AUGCCCCGUCAAGCUAUCACGAACCAGCAAAAGAUCGCUCUCAGAGAGCAGCACCGCAAGCACCCUUCGGCCACCCAAACCCAGCUCGCUAGCUGGUUCAACGAGGUCUAUAACCAUCGCCCUACACAAUCCACCCUAUCCGCUAUCCUCUCCCCUAAAUAUCGACACCUCGAUACAUAUCUGACGGAGCAUUCGAUAAAAGCGAAGCGGUGCCGCACUGCGAAGUGGCCAGACCUCGAAGCCGCACUUGUACAUUGGAUCGUUCUUACCAAUGGUUGGCUAGAAGCCUUCCAAAGCCGGGAAUCAAUUCGGAAUCGGCUACACGCUGGUGAAGAUGGAAGCACACCGGAGUCCGCAAGUGAAGCUAUGAUUCCUAUCCGGCAAGCACUCGGAGCAUAUCAUCCAAGGGAUAUCUUUAAUUGUGAUGAGACUGCACUUUAUUGGAGACGAACCCCUGUUCGGAGCCUUGCUACGAAGAAUCUAUCGGGAAAGAAGCAACAAAAAUCAAGGAUCACAGCAUUGUUUUGCUGUAACUCCGACGGUUCUGAGAAAUUGAUUCCCUGGUUUAUUGGAGCGGCUCGAAACCCCCGCGCCUUUACUGCCGCUCAUAUCAAUAUCAAUAACUUUAAUCUUCAAUGGAGAUCGAAUAAAAAAGCAUGGAUGGUUGGCAAGUUCUUUGAAGAAUGGCUUCGAUGGUUUGAUAGCCAGAUGGUCCAUCGGAAGGUGGUGCUUCUUAUGGACAAUUUCUCUGCGCAUGAAUCCGCAGUAAAGACUAUAAAUAAUAGUCUUCUACCGCUUCAAAACACCCUGAUUAUUUGGCUUCCGGCUAAUUCAACGAGCCGGUUUCAACCAUUAGAUCAGGGUAUUAUCAGAACCUGGAAGGCCUACUGGAAACGCCAGUGGGUAAGGUUUAUGGUAGCUGAAUUCGACGCGGGCCGUGAUCCUCUUCGAUCUAUGAAUGUGCUUGAGGCAUUAAAAUGGGGAAUUCAGGCCUGGCAAUUUGAUGUUUCCGCUCAAACUAUUGUUAAUUGCUUUAAUAAGGCAUUAACGGAGAAGGGCGAAGAUUAUCAACUACAGCAGCAGCUAAUAAAUGAACUUAAUGCUGGUUUGCAGAUGCUGAGGCCUGUACUAGACCCAAUGAGCAUUGAGAACUUCCUCAAUCCUAUGGAUGAGGUGGUGCAGGAUGGUAUUGAGACUAUAGAUGAUAUAGUGCUAGCCCAGUUUGCCAGAGAUGAUGAUGAUACAGAUGCAGAUGCAGAUGCAGAAACCAUACCUGAAACCCCCCUGGUUCCGAUAAAUGAUGCUAUUCGUGCAUUAGAGACGCUUCGGUUAUAUGAAGAGCAGCAGGAGCGAGGCGAAACGCAGCUAAUAACCAGUCUGUAUAAACAUCAGAGGAUAAUACAGGAUAGGAGGUUAAAUGCACAAAAGCAGAAGGAUAUCAGGGGCUAUUUCUGUAUGUAA